AUGGCGUGGGCGUUUGGAUUUUAUUGGAACAUUUGGUUGGGACUAGCGGAAGAUCUCGAGGCCCCCAAUCCCGUGAUGGUGGUUGGAACAGAGACUGGGACAGGGACCCCCCCUGUCGCCGUUUUCAUUCGGGAGGCGGGGAACCGCCCGCUUUUGAUCCCGCUGCUGCAAGAAGCCGCUGGACCCAUGUCAUCGUCUUGA